GAUUUAAGUGUGUUCUCUUUUUACAUUGUUUUAAAAUGAAUGUUUUAUCCUAUAUUUGAUAACUCUCUAAUUCACGGCAAUAUUCAAAGGGUAUUUUGUACAUUAAAGACGUAUUUAGUUUAAAUUUCGUAAUUAAUCAAACUGAACCCGGAGAGUACCAUUUACCUCUCUUUAUCUCAGUGCUCAUACCGAGGAAGGACGAAGAGAGGCAUCCCUUCUCUGUGCAAAAUGAGACUCCACUUGCAUGAGACAUCAAUGAAUUACAGUAGACCUCUGGCAAAUUUCUCCCUAUAUAAACCUCAUUUCACCUUGAAUCUUCAAACCACAGCAAAACAGAAACAUAAUUCAUAUCUAUCUUCCUCUUGGCCUAUAAUCAUCAUCAGUGUAAAAAUGCCGACCACCAUGGAAGAUGUCACUGCCAAGAUUGAUGCAGUUGAAAUCGAUCCCAAGAGUGGUCUUGCUUUGAAGUCAACAAUGGCGAAGGAGAAGACGUUUGAAGAUGAACCAAAGACUACAGAAACAACACAAGAGAAGCCUAAUGAAGCCAAAAGUGAUCCGGAGAAAGAACCCAAUUGUGCAGCUUUCAAAGAGGAGGAAAUUCCAGUUGAAGUUGAACCUAAAACUGGAGUCUCUUUUGCUGUCAAGCUUGAAGAUGGAAAGCAGUUGAAAGCUGUAGGUGUAAGGAAGAAAAGCAUGCUUGGCAUGGGCAUUAAAAUCUAUGGUUUUGGAAUAUAUGCAGACAACGAGAAACUGAAAGACCUUAUGCAGUCCAAGAUUGGGAAAGCACCAUCAAAACCAACAAAGGAAAUGUACCAAAUGGUGAUUGAUAGUGAUUUGGGAAUGAUGAUGCGGUUGGUAAUUGUUUUCUCUAACCUAACCAUGAGCAUGGUAAGAAAGAACUUUGAUGAGGGCCUCGGAGCUGCCAUCAAGAAGCUCACUGGUGGGAAGAACGAAGAGCUCACAAAGAAGAUCAUGGGCGAAGCAUCUGAUGACAUAAAGCUUACUUCUGGUUCUGUAAUUGAGAUUUCAAGGCUUCCAGGAUAUGUUCUUCAGACCAAAGUAAAGGGUGAGAUUGUGAGCAAGGUGGAAAGUGAACUACUCUGCAGGGCUUUCAUCUACAUGUAUUUAGGUGAUGAUCCAUUUGACAAAGAAGCCAAGGAGAAGUUCGGGGCAUCCAUGCUCUCUCUGUUCUAAGUAGUGGGUUUCUAGCAUUUUCUAGUCUAGGUUGUUAAAGAAUAAGCUGGUGAAUUUGAACUGAUGAAUAAUUGCUCUAUAAAAGAAUGACCAUGGUUGAGUUU